UUAGAAAAUGAGUCUCUUGAGGAGACCUUAUGCUUACUCAAAGGUAGAGUCUGAAGACCCAGAAGAGAAAGCUCAUCGACAGGCACAGUUUUUGAUCUAUAAGGUAUUGGAACAAGUGGAUUUGCAGUCCCCGAAGCGGCGGCAGCGGCGGCGGCCAUUCAGUCUUGGAGUGAGAAUAUGUAAAGUGAAGGUAAAGAUUGGGAAGAGAUUGAAGAAACUGAGGAAGAACAUUUCUGCAGCUAAGAAUAACUUGUACAGGAAAAUGAUUGCUCAAUUGAAGUGUUUGAAGGGCUUGAUUCGCGGUGGAGAGACUGCUAUGGUCAGUCUUCCUGCUCCUAUGCUCAAUUAAGUUUCUUCUUCUUCUUCUUCCCCUCUUUCUUAUUUCAUGGAUCCCCUU